UUUUUGCAAAAGAAAACAAAUGUAUGCUUGUUAGCCACAGAUGUAGCAUCGCGUGGGCUGGACUUCCCUAAGGUUAACUGGGUGGUUCAAAUUGACUGCCCCGAAGACGUUGCCCAGUACAUACAUAGAGCCGGACGAACUGCAAGGUUGAAUACAAGUGGUGAAAAUUUACUCGUUUUGCUCCCGCACGAGGUAGAUCCAAUGUUAGAUUCUCUAGAAAAGAACAAAAUACCUAUUAAACAGAUUAAAAUUGAUGAACGUCAGUUAUUUUCACCACUGCUGAAAAUCCAAUCACUGCUUGCCCAAUCCCCAGAAUUAAAAGAGAGUGCAAAACGAGCUUUUGUUGCAUACAUCAAAUCAAUAGCCCUGAUGAAGAAUAAGGAAGUGUUUCAAUUGCACAAUUUAAAUUUGGAUGAGUUUGCAAACUCUUUAGGAUUGAGUAACACUCCGCGUGUACGUUUUGUUUCUCGUACGUUGGAAAGGAAACGAAGUAAAAUCUUAAAUACUUCCGAUUCUGAAAGUAAAAUCAAAAUUACUGGCAUCGAAACUAAGGAUAGCAGCGAUGAAGAACAAGAUCUGGAUGAUUUUCUACGAAUUAAACACAUUCAUAAUAGUUCACAUUGUUUUGCAUCGGAUGAUCUACAGGCUUCCAAUGUUACUACUGAAUCAGAAGAUGUAAAAAAGAUACAAAAAAAACGAAUAUCUAAGGUCAAGCUAGUAAAGAAGUCCCUACAUAUGAGUAAACGAAUCGUAUUUGAUGAAGAUGGUGCCCCGGUUAAUACAAACGGUGAGCAAUCGAACAAGUUCUACGAUUUGAAAGAUGCACGGUUUAGACUAGAACAACAAGAUGCGGAUGAUAAAAAGCGUUAUAAAGCAUUAAAGAAAGCAAAAAAGAAUGAUUAUAAAAGAAAAGGAACGUAAAAGGCAAGUUGACGAUUCUUGUGUUCUGGCUGAUGAUUUUGGCAGCGAAAGCGAAAAUAGCGUUUCUCUUGAUUGGCUUCCUGAUCCGGAUAAAGUGUAUGGAAAAAGAAAACAU